GGCAUCAUAAAUUAUGGGUUGGAGAGACUGGGACUGGACUCUAGGAUAUGCAGUUGUUAAAACAACAGCAUCAGUGUUAGUCCCAGGAUUGGGUAUAGUUAUUGGUGGAAGUGAAACAGCUAUAUCCGUCUAUCGUGGCAACAACAGAGAAGCAUUGAUCAAUGGCAUAUGUACCGCUGCAGAUGCAUAUUUAUUUGGCAUGGCAACUUAUGCAAAAGACGCAGCUAAAACUGGUGGAAAAAAUGCUGCCAUACUUUUGGCAAAAAGUCAAGCCAAAGGGGCAGCAAAGGAAGGUACAAAAGAAGUGGGAAGAAAAUUGGCAAAAAAUUUGGCAAUGGGGAUUGCCGACGAUGCUGUGAAGGAAGCAUGGAAGAAGACUGCGAAGUCCCGUGGUAUAGAACUGCUGAUAAAAACAAUAAAAGACGGCAAAAUUGUGUGGGUCGAGGAAGUGACCGAGGAAAUGAUCAAAAAAUUACUUCAAUAUAAUUCCUCGCAAGCCACCAAAACUACAUUUGAUCCAAUGUUUAAAGCAGUUUUUACGACCGCUGUUGAAAAUGAGUUUAAAAAAUAUAGCAGCACUAAAGUUGCAAUUGAUCUUGCUUGCACUGGUUUCAAAAUAUAUAUGAAACCAGGAGAAAAGGUUUGAAAACAUUGCGCAAUAUUCAAAUAGUGGAAUACUGUAUAAUAUUAUACAUUCCAUUUGCUCCUUCCUAUGUACGACCUUCAGCUACUGUUUUACAAAUGUACCGAGUGGCAGAAAAAGUUCAGCCGUUUGCACUAUAAUAUCGAAAAAACUAUAAGAGUUACGUCGUUCAUAUAAAUGUAGCUGUAUUUAUAAGAUGUUUACUUAAAUUUUAAUUUGAUAGGUCAUAUAUGAGAUUUCACGAAAUAUUGACUGAGUUUCAAGCAUUUAAACUUGCGUAAGCAUUUUCAAAAGAGUCGAAAAUUUGUCAAAAACGGCCUAUUGAACUAAUUUGAUAGCAUUAAGCUGGACACCGCCUGUUUAUUUCCUGGGCGAGCUAGUGUUGAGUAAACACGGAGAUAAGCCUUGCCCCUCGCUUUCAGAUUUGACAGUGUCCAAUUUCUUUUCUUUGUGGCUAGUUGAAAUAUCAAAUUUGGAGUACGCCUCAUCGAUUAGCAACCAACCAAUUUGAGACAACUUCGUGAAGCGUUGUUUUAGCAUGCAGCAACUUGAAACAGUAAAUGAUUCAAGAUUCCUGCAUGCUUUCAGGAGCAAGACGUUGCAUGUGGCGGACAUGCAUUUCUAAUAAAUAAAGAUUUGAAUGCAGUUCGCCUAAAUGCAGUUAUGUUGUGUUAUUGUUCACUCCAUAAUAUGAUAAGUUGAAAAAGUUCUCCAGUGUGUAUUUCAAAAUUUCCAUACACAGCGCAAGUGGAAACAUGUUGUCUGCCGCGGCUGGGUUCAAGACCAUAGAUAUAGGAGAACUAGAUUGCUGACUGUAAUGUUUCUAUUACGCACGCGACGCGCCAAC